AUGCAACCAACCCAAACGUCAUACCACCCAUCCCAAGGUCAUACAACCAACCCAAACGACACACAACCCACCCAAACGCCAUACAACCCACCCAAACGCCAUACCACCCAUCACAAGGUCAUACAACCCACCCAAACGCCAUACAACCCACCCAAACGCCAUACAACCAACCAAAACGCCAUACCAACCAUCCCAAGGUCAUACAAUCCACCCAAACGCCAUACAACCAACCAAAACGCCAUACCACCCAUCCCAAGGUCAUACAAUCCACCCAAACGCCAUACAACCCACCCAAACGCCAUACCACCCAUCCCAGGGACAUACAACCAACCCAAACGUCAUACCGCCCAUGCCAAGGUCAUACAACCCACCCAAACGCCAUACAACCAACCGAAACGCCAUACCACCCAUCCCAUGGUCAUACAACCCACCCAAACGCCAUACAACCAACCCAAACGCCAUACAACCUACCCAAACGCCAUACAACCCAUCCAAACGCCAUACCAUCCAUCCCAAGGUCAUACAACCAACCCAAACGCCAUACCACCCAUCCCAAGGUCAUACAACCAACCCAAACGCCAUACAACCAAACCAAACGCCAUUCCACCCAUCUCAACACUAUACCAACCACAUCAACGCCAUAAUAUUCACCGAAACGGCAUACAACCUAAUCAAAGGUCAUUCCAUCUACCUCAACACCAUACCAACCACACCAACGCCAUACCCUCCCCCCACCCCCAACGCCAUAACACACACCCAGUGCCAUACAACCCACUACAAGGCAAUAUCACCCACCCAACGCCAUAA